AAUUCAACGAUCCACUUUUUGAAGAUUAAUACAAAUUUACAACCAUCUCCUUCCAAUCUCAAACCAUCUUAUAAAACUCUCACACCAAGCCUUCUCUCUCUCUCUCUCUCUCUCUCUUUUUCUCCGCAAUUCUCGUUGCAGUAAAGCUCUGUUUAAUCUCACACUUCCAUCAGAACUCAAAUGGCCAAGAACCCCACUUCAGGUGGUUCUGAAGACCUUUCCUCAGAUGCACAAGGAGGGUCUCAGGAUAAAAAAUCACUGGUUGUUUGCUUUGGGGAGAUGUUGAUUGACUUUGUGCCAACAGUUGGUGGCGUUUCACUUGCCGAAGCACCUGCUUUCAAGAAAGCUCCUGGUGGUGCUCCUGCUAAUGUGGCUGUUGGUAUUUCUAGACUAGGUGGUUCAUCGGCUUUUAUAGGAAAGGUAGGUGCUGAUGAUUUUGGGUAUAUGUUGGCCGACAUUUUGAAACAAAACAAUGUUGACAAUUCAGGCAUGCGGUUUGAACCCACUGCAAGGACUGCACUAGCUUUUGUUACGCUCAGAGCUGAUGGUGAGCGUGAAUUCUUAUUUUUCCGUCAUCCAAGUGCUGAUAUGCUUCUUCUUGAAUCUGAACUUGAUAUAAACCUUAUUAAGAAGGCAGGGAUCUUCCAUUAUGGUUCAAUUAGUUUGAUUGGCGAACCAUGCAGGUCAACCCAUCUUGCUGCGAUGGGCAUUGCCAAAAAGUCUGGCUGCUUCCUCUCCUAUGAUCCAAACUUGAGAUUGCCAUUGUGGCCAUCAGAAGAGGCUGCUCGGAAGGGCAUAAUGAGCAUAUGGGAUCAGGCAGAUUUUAUUAAGAUAAGUGAGGACGAAAUUAGAUUCCUUACUGGUGGAGAUGAUCCAGAUGAUGAUAAUGUCGUGUUAAAUAAGCUCUUUCAUCCUAAUCUUAAGCUUUUGGUUGUCACUGAAGGUUCAGAGGGUUGCAGAUAUUUCACUAAGGAAUUUAAGGGCAGGGUUGCUGGUGUUAAAGUUAAGCCCGUUGACACAACUGGUGCUGGAGAUGCAUUUGUCAGUGGCAUUGUGAACAGCUUGGCUUCUGACCUAAAUAUUAUCCAGGAUGAGAAGCGUUUACGGGAAGCUCUACAUUUUGCCAAUGCCACUGGUGCCCUCACGGUGACAGAGAGGGGGGCCAUUCCUGCCCUACCCACAAAAGAAGCUGUCCUCCAAUUUUUGCAAAAGCUCAAUGCAUGAUAGAACUUGAAACAAAAAUCCUAGCUCAUGUACUUAAAGGAAUUAAGCUAAUGUAAUGAGUUUCCUUGCUUAGGUAACAAUGAGCUUCUUGCUCUUUUCUUUUUUUUGCAUAAUAACUUCUAUGGAACUUUCCCUUGGCUUGUCCCUA